AUGAUGACGCCUGCUGCUGAGACACUGGGCGUGAGACACAGCGCCGACGACCCUACAGGAAGGCAAGAAAUGGCCGCAUGCGCAGGGCUAACUGGCCGACAUGUCUACCUGCCAACAGAAAUUGUCCAUAUAAUUUUCACCUACAUCCAAGAGCUCCCCGACGCACCCAAAAUACUCUCAUCCUGCUGCCUUGUAUCGCGGCAAUGGUGUUCGAUCGCAACCCCUCUCUUAUACCGGGAACCUCGCAUCGGCCACCGUAACUUUGCUGCCUUUGCUGCUGCUUUUGUCUCUCCUAACCGGCCCCGUUCACAGAAGUCGGAUUUGGGCCAAUACGUGCGCCGUCUUGACCUGAGUGAGCUGGUGCAUCACAGUACAGUGGCUGUGACCGCAAAGCUCCUUCAGAAUGUAAGGCCAGGGCUGGAGGUUUUUAUUGCGCCAGCAUAUUCUCUCUCAUCUAUUAAUCUUAUAUCCAUCUCAAAAUGCCUAAACCUACAAAUCUUGGAUCUCUCUGUCGUCCUCGUGGAAUUCACCCUUGACGAGGUCAAAACCGCUACCAAAAACCUCGCCAACCUCAAAAGAUUACGGCUACCGCGAGCAACAUCACUCACUCUCUCCGCGAAUGAAAUUCCCUGGCCCCCAAACCUACUAAGUCUCCAAUUUGGUGGCGCAAAUCCCGCCGAAAUCGACCAUUUUGCCGAGCAGUUCUCCUGGCCGGAAUCACUGACCAGUUUGACCCUGCACGGCUGUAAGCGCCUCACACCAGAGUCAAUACCCGCCAUUCUCGGUAGCCCAAUCCUCCAGCAGAACCUACGCCGCCUCAGAGUCACCACCGAGAGUAAUGUAAUGCAUUUCCGAUUCAUGGCCGACCUGGUUCAUUUUAUUCCCAAGGUGAAAUUCCUCAGCCUACCGGGAUCUGACAUCAACUCCACGGUCAUCCCAGAAAUGGAGACCUUGAAUAAGAAAUUAGACUUGGAGGUUAUCGAGUUGGGUCCGUCAGCCGUGGCUUGGACAUUUCCCAUCAACGCAUUUAAAAGGGCUCUGAAAUCCUCGCUUGUGAAACUACGAUAUCUGCGCUUCCAAGAGACGCAUCAUGCGUCGCUUAUGUAUGACAACUGCGAGGAAGAAGUCGACAACGCCUUGAUGGAAAAUGCCAGAAGGGCGGGAUAUGACCAAACGAAACUAGAAACCGGCGAGAUUUUGACCGGAUGCUAUGUGUACUCGUAA